AUGGCCGUCGAAAUUCCAGAAACAGUACCGGGAUUGCUCGCUCUUAUCCCACAAUGUGCGAUGGCCUGCGUGAUGGACACGAUACAAGUAGGCAACUGCAGCAUCGCCUCGAUCAAGUCUCUGGAAGAGUGUAUAUGCCCGAGCAUUGUUCUGCAGUCGGCGCUAUCGGACUGCGUGCAACUGAGUUGCCACUUUGAGGACCAAGUCAAGGCUGUCGGUGUCGAGGCUGCUGUUUGCGCCGCCUAUCCCAGGCCGUCAAGGUCUAAGGAGGUCAAGACGAUCGCCAUGGUGUUCACGGUUGUCACGUUUCCCAUUGUCGGGCUUCGCUUCCUUUCCCGGUGGACGGCAACCUCGGGCUUCUGGUGGGAUGACUGGACCGUCUUGGCCGCCAUUGUCUUCCUCGCCGGCCUCGCAGGCAUCGAGAUUGCCAGUGCCGAGCUGGGUUUCGGCAUGCACUACUGGCACGUCUCGCCCGAGAAUGGGACGAUUCUCUUGCAGCUCUUCUACGCGGUGCAGAUGUUGUACAUCCUGAUCCAGGUGUUCGCCAAGAUGUCGAUUCUCCUCUUCUUCUCUCGCAUCUUCCAGGUGCGGUGGUUCCUGGUGACGGUGCGCGCCUUCAUCGCCUUUCUCAUCUUGCAUGGGCUGUUGUUCGUGCUGCUCGUGGCGUUCCAGUGCAUGCCCGUGUCUUCGGUGUGGGACCGGAGCAACGACAACCGCACAUGCAUCAACAUGACGGCAGUCGGUUACGCCGGCGCAGCCUUUAGCAUCAUCGAAGACCUCGUCAUCAGGGCGCUCAUAUGUAGACGGAAAAAGGCGAAAAGAGCAGAAGACCUCCCAGAACCCAAGGUCUUAGUCGCCGGAAGCACAUUCAGGUUACCGGCGAGCCUCCCCGGCAUGGGCCUCGAAGACUUGCUCGGAGGUCCAUACGAAGCAGCUUCACCGGGCACCCUGAGCCAGGCGAGUGAAGACGAAGACGCCAACGAAGAAGAAGACGAGGAGGAGGACAGCAACGCCAGGCCCACCAGGGCCACCCCGACCAAGUGCCCCAUGUGUGAUUUGGCCGUCGACGAGGACCUGCUGCGCACCUUCUCCAAAGGCCGGCCGCUCAGCAUCAGCCAGCAGAUCAAUCUGCUGGCGUUACCGCCGCUGGUGCUCAAGCUGAGCAAGUUUGUCCGGCACCACUGGUCGCAGAUGUCGACCCGAGCGUCCUCGACCAACAACAACAAGUCGAGGCAGUCGACGUUGAGCAUCCCGGGCUCAAAAGGCUUCGAGAAGAUGCCUCGCUCGCCAGAGGAAGGCGGGUAUCCCAUGUCCCCGCUCUCGCCUCAGGGCAACGAUAAGCGUGUGGACGCUAUCACCAUCUCGGACGGCUUUGACUCGGGGAGGGAUUUGGAAUCGUUGAGUAUCGACAGGCGAUUCUGACAUGGUUGUGUGGU